GGCCAAGUUGUUCAAGCAGAACGUGGACAGCCAAUUGGGUUUGAUUCAAGCCUCAACGGAUGAGCGAUUGCUGCAGAUGAAAUGGUCGGAUUUUAUGGAUAUGGCAGAAAAAGCUCCCUCCAAAUAGUAUCUUGCUACAAUAAACAACCAAAUUCCUGAAGAACCAAUCGUUAAACCGCGUUAAGUUUUGUUUUGUUAUAAAUGUUUAAAAUGUAAAUUCUUAUAAAUAUAGUUUUGAAUCGCUUACUCAGCAAAGAGCCCUUUGACUUUGUUACCUUUAGUUGAUUAGUUGGCAGGAUUAUUUAGAUCGUGAGAAAUAUGCCUCGCACCAAGAUUUCAGCACGUCGUCAGGCUCAGCGGCAGAUGGCCGAUCGCGAGGAGAAAGUGCGUCUGGCCCAGAUCAAGAUGGAUGCGGCUCUGGAGCGGAUCGAUGAGCUGGGCAAGCGCUACAAGCAGGAGGUGGACAACCAAAUUAAGGUGUUACGUGGCAGGACUGACAAGAAGCUGCUGCAGAUGAAGAUGUCGGAAUUGUUGGCGCUCAGGAUUAAAAGCUUCGCCGAACAUCAGUGGCCAGCUCCCAAGCCGCCGACCACUCGCAGUCAGUCCAUCAGCCAUCAACGUGGACGGACCCGGACUCCGCAGAAUGCCCAGCCAUCGAGGCUGCAGGCGCAGUCGGCGGACAGGGCUGUGGGAGGCGACACCAUGAGCUUUGUGCGAUGGCCCCGCGCCGGAGAGAUGGUGCUCUCGAAGGCGGGAAGUCCGCUGGCCGUGCAGAUGCGUCCGGAUCGCUAUGCGGACGUGCACAUACCCACCAAGGGCGGCGUGAUCACCGUGAAGCCGCACAAGAUCAACACCGUGAAGCGGGAGGUGCUGAUGCAGCUGGACGAGAACACCCUCAACCAGGUGAAGACGCUGAAUGCCAAUCUCGGCCUGAUCGUGGAUAUGGCCAACAAGCUGGGGAAAUCGAAACCGUAAUAGCUAAUGGAGGAAACUUCAAGAGCACGUACUUUUACGCUUAUUUCUUUAAUAUUUUAUUUAGUCUUUUUCAUUUUCUCAUUUUCAAUGUUUUUGUUCAGUUGUUAAACAUUAAGUGAACGUGUCUGUUGUUCUUGUUGCUGUUUUGCUGCAUUUUGCUUGCUUCUUGUUGUAUAAUUAAUUAAUAAAUUUAAUUACCUUUAUGUAUAUAUAUCGAUUUGUAAGUACAAACAUAGCGUACAGAAUUCCGUCUCCACUAACUUUAAAUUUAAUUGUUUAAACAUUUUUCUAUUGUGUUGCAUGUGUGUGUGUGUUCUAUGUGUCUGUGGGUGAACAUUCUCAAUUAUGCUUGUAAGUACUUAGUUAAAUGAAAGUGUAUUGUGUUUUCUAUAAUAUCAACUGAAAAUUCAAUUGAAAUAUUAUUUGGUUUUUGAACCUUUAAUCUUCACUUUCAACUGCGUGAAUCCUUAGACAAACGUUACAUUUACACAUAUACAGAUUUAGUUACUAAAAAUUAUCGUUAAUUUUUAGUGUUUAUAGUGUUAAAUUUAGCAUUUGUUUUCUGGUUUCCCAUAAGAGUGUGAAUGUGAAUGUGAAUGGGAGUGGGAGUGGGGCGUGUUAUACGCGUUUAUAUAGUUACAGAUACAUAAAAAUACAAUACAUAGCAAAAGGUACAUAUAUAGAGACUUAAAGUACGCUUCUUUCCACUGAAUUAUUCAAUGCGAUUUUUAGAGACAAAGACAACAUAUAUGUAU